UUGAAGCAGAAUAGCGCACUCUUGAAGCAAUUUUUUUGAAACUCAGAGCUAGAAAGAGAAAAAAAUGGCCGGAGCACUAGGGGGUGGGAUGAAAGUGGUGGUUUUAGGGGCGAAGAAUUCGUCUGUAUUUGGUGGUUUUCCGGUGAAUAAUCCGUCGACAGUGGUGUGUUUCCCGUCGGAAAUUAACCGGAAAUUUGGAGGAGUGGCGGCUUGUGCUACUUCGCCGCCGACAACAAGGAAGCCGAGAGGAAUAAUGAAGCCGAGACCAAUUUCUCCUGUUCUUCAAGAACUUGUGGGUGCUCCAGAAAUUUCUAGAACCCAAGCUCUUAAGGUCAUCUGGGCCCACAUCAAAGCCAACAAUCUUCAGGACCCCAACGACAAGAAAGUCAUCGUAUGUGACGAGUUGCUGAAGAAAAUAUUCGCAGGAAAGGAACGCGUGGGUUUUCUCGAGAUCUCAGGAUUGAUCACUCCUCACUUGCUUUAGCUGCUCAAUUCUGGUCAUCACCAACCAUGGACUCGUGGAGUUUGUCUACCUAGUAUCUUAGUUUUUAGUAGAAAAUCGAGCUGCAGAGUCUUUGCAUUAGAUGUGCCCUUUUGCUUGUUAUUAUGGGUUUGAGCAUCAUUUUGCUAAGUUUUGACUUGCAACUCAGUACAUUUGCUACUCCAGGUGUUAGUGUCUUUUCCAGAACAAUGAUCAAGGGAUUUAGGAAAUCAGAAGAUAAUUAGAUGUUCAAAGUUUUUGUAUCAAAACCAUAAUUCUGAAGAUCAUUAGUUUGUAUUUAUCUGAAGUUCUUUGGCAGUCAUAUUAUCUUAUUA